GCAUUCCACUCCUCUCACCGAAAUCCUCCAUCACUAACCCAAUGCCUUCCCCCACUCCCUACCCUCCCGACCACAACCCAGGUGUCCCCAACAUCCCCUUCUUCACGCCCCAGCACGCCGUCUCGCCCGGUGCUCCCGUUUCGAAUCCGAAGAAUGACGCGGCAGCGGCAAAGAAGGUACCGGUGCUCUUCACGCCGCUCACGAUUCGCGGGGUGACGCUCAGGAAUCGCAUCUUGGUGGCGCCCAUGUGUCAGUACAGUUGUGCGGCGGAGGGGCCGACGGUUGGUGCUUUGACGGACUACCACCUCGCAACCUUAGGCCACUACGCCCUCAAAGGCGCCGCCCUCACCAUGAUCGAAGCCACGGGCGUCCAGUCCUGCGGCCGCAUCUCCCCCAACUGCCCGGGCCUCUGGACCGACGCGCAAAUCCCCGCCCUCCGCCGCAUCUCCGACUUCAUCAAAUCCCAAGGCUCCAUCAGCGCCAUCCAACUCGCCCACGCAGGCCGCAAAGCCUCCACCGCAGCUCCCUGGCUGACGAGCACUCUCCCCGGGGCGCCCAAGGUCUCGCUGCGCGCGACCAAGGACGCAGGUGGCUGGCCCGAGGACGUCGUGGGUCCCAUGGGUGGCGACGAGUGGACGUGGGACGGGCGCAGCUCGACGGAUCCCGAGGGAGGUUUCUGGGCGCCGCGUGCUCUGACCGUGGACGAGAUUCAGCAGCUAGUCAGGGACUGGGCGAGCGCGGCCAAGCGCGCUGUUCAGGCUGGGAUCCAGGUCAUCGAGAUUCACGCCGCGCAUGGGUAUUUGAUCAGCGAGUUUCUGUCGCUUGUGACGAAUCGCCGGACGGAUGCUUAUGGGGGGUAUUUCGAGGGGAGGACGAGGUUGCUGGUUGAGGUUGUCAGGGCGGUGAGGGAGGUCAUUCCGGAGGAUAUGCCGUUGUUUGUGAGGAUCAGUGCGACGGAGUGGCUUGAGGGGGCGGAGGUGGGGAGGGAGAAUGGAUCGUGGGAUGUGGAGAGUUCGAUACGGUUGGCGAAAAUGUUGCCGGCGUUGGGAGUGGAUUUGCUGGACGUGAGUACUGGGGGGAAUCACCUGGCACAGACGGUGAAGGCGUUUGCGACGAAGGAUUAUCAGACGAGAAUUGCGAGCCGUAUUCGAAAGGAGCUGAAGAAGGAGGGUUUGAGUAUGUUUAUUGGCGCCGUGGGGUUGAUCACGGAGGCCGAGCAGGCGAGGGAUAUUGUCGAGGGAGGUGUUGGCAAUCCUGCGGAGAGGAAAGUGGAUGCGGAAAUUGAGGAAGAGGCGAGGGCGGCCUUGAAGAUGACAGAAUCAAGCGAUGGGGAGGAUCUCAAGGCAGAUGUUAUUCUUGUGGCAAGGCAGUUUAUGCGCGAGCCGGAGUGGGUGUUGAAAGUGGCGUGGAAGUUGGGUGUCGAAGUCGCGUGGCCGAGCCAGAUUCUGAGGGUGAAGUUUCCGAGGUUAUAG